AACUGUCUGCGCGUGCGCAGCCAUCUUGAAUCUGUCUGGCCUGGCAGGGCAGUGCUGAAGUCAACUGAAGCUGAUGUAACGUGCCGUCGUGGUCACUGUGGAGUUUGAAAUAUUUGGACAAUCAUUUCAUGAAAUAUGGCAUCAGAAGGUUCUACCACGGCCCAGCCGCAUCUUCAUAAGCAGGAUUUGGCAAAAUUAGACAUUUCGAAGCUCACAGCACUCUCCCCGGAAGUUAUCAGUAGACAAGCAACCAUCAACAUAGGAACAAUUGGUCAUGUGGCUCAUGGCAAGUCUACUGUUGUGAAAGCCAUCUCAGGCGUUCAGACUGUUCGUUUUAAGAAUGAGUUGGAGCGGAACAUCACAAUUAAGCUUGGCGAAGACUCAAAGCAGCCGAAGAAGAGGAAGAAGGUGGAGACAGCCUACAGGAAGAAAAGGAAGUUGAAGAAAGCACCAAAACUCCCUGGGCUUCCUGGGCUACAAAAAGAUGGGAAAUGGGAGCUUGAGUAUAUUUUAGAUAUGGACAUCAUAUUUGGUGAAAGGAAAUUUUUAGUGAAGUGGAAAGGGUGGGGUGAUGAGCAUAACUCAUGGGAGCCACUGCGCAAUAUUUAUAACUGCCAGGCAGCGAUUAUUUCGUACUUUAAGAAAAACAAAGGACCCAACUUGGAGUUAAAAUUAAAAGGUCUAAAAAGUGCACAAGACUCUGAAGAAUUUGAGAAUUUCAUGAACUCCCUACGAGUUGAUGGACAACUUGUUUUUGAAGAACCCUCCAAAGAAGAUUAUGAGCAAGCUGCUACCACAUAUUUUAAUUCUGAAUAUAAUACUGAUUCUGAAAAAGAAGAAGCUAAAAAGAUAGUUAUGCUUCACAAAUUAACUGUUUUACGAAGACAGCAACGCCUUCAGCUCACUGACUGGCAGAAUGAGCUAAAUCUACUGGCUCCCAAUGAGGCACCUAUUACAGUGGAAAACUUAGUGGACCUUGAAGUGGCCCCUCCACAUUUUACUUAUGUGGCCAAUUACAUCCCAGGGCCAGGGGUGACUAUCCCAGAGGACCCUCCCAUAGGCUGCACAUGUACUGCAUGUGGUGCCGAAAGUAUGUGUUGCCAUGUGCAUCAUGAUGCCAACUUUGCAUAUAGAGAUGGAAAACUUAUUGUACGACAGGGCACUCCUAUUUACGAGUGUAACAAAAAGUGCUCCUGUAAUGAAAAGUGUCCCAACAGGGUAGUCCAAGCGGGUCGAAAGGUUGCACUAGCUAUAUAUCGGACCUUUAAUGGAUGUGGUUGGGGUAUAAAAGCCAAAGAAGCUAUUAAGACUGGAACAUUCAUUUGCCAGUAUGUUGGAGAAGUCAUUACCAAUGAAGAGGCAGAGGUGCGAGGACGACGUUACGACGCUGACGGCAAAACUUACUUAUUUGACCUAGAUUUUAAUGAUCCAGAAAACUGCUUGUACACAGUGGAUGCUGCUAUGUAUGGAAAUAUUUCACAUUUCAUUAACCACUCAUGCAACCCCAAUAGUGGUAUUUUUGCUGUAUGGGUCAAUUGUCUCGACCCCAAUAUCCCCUGUUUGGGAUUGUUUGCAUUACGCGACAUUGAGGCAGAGGAAGAAAUAACCUUUAGUUAUACUUCCACCAAUGAUUCCUCUAGUAGCAAAAUGCUAUGCAAGUGUAGUUCAGUCAAUUGUAGAAAAUAUUUAUUUUUCUAAUUAUUUGUAUUUGGUUUUUGAUGCUUUUAUGUGAAUAAAAAACAACAACAACAAUUGUAUGUUAUCUGUUGGUGUAAAUGUUAUAUUACAUGUUGGUGUACUGAUGGGUCAAGCUCAAAAUACAUUUCAUUUAAUUUUGACAA